AUGGCGACUUCAGCAGCCACCAGCUUUUUGAGCCGGGGUUCUUCGGGAAACAACUCGAAUAUGCGCGGAUUGGUACAAUUUAUUGCGGAUUUACGAAACGCACGAGCAAGGGAACUCGAGGAGAAGAGAAUCAAUAAGGAAUUGGCAAAUAUAAGGUAUGCGGUUACACAUACAUCGGACGAUGCGAGGAAUUAGAGCGAGGCUGACAAACAAUUCAGACAGAAAUUCAAAGGUAUACACGAAAGGCGCAUUUCUUGAUGGGUUUGCAAGGUUGUCUACUGACUGUCAUUGCAGACGGUAGUCUCAGCGGAUACCACAAGAAGAAAUAUGUCUGCAAGGUAAAACCCUCGCUCUUGUACUGGAACUACAUCUAACAUACGGAAGCUUUUGUACAUAUACAUUUUGGGGUGGAACGUAGACUUUGGCCAUCUCGAGGCUGUGAACCUUAUCUCCGCGAACAAAUACUCCGAGAAACAGAUCGGCUACCUUGCAAUGACCCUUUUCCUACACGAAUCACACGAACUCUUACAUCUCGUAGUAAACAGCAUACGGAAAGAUCUUACGGAUCAUAAUGAGCUGUUCAAUUGUUUAGCCUUGCACGCGAUUGCCAAUGUUGGAAGUAGGGAAAUGGGAGAAGCAUUAAGCGGCGAAGUUCACAGAUUACUAAUAUCCCCGUAAGUUGGAUGCUACUUGUAGAUGAACAACUUAAGACUGACUUUUUACGAGGACAUCGAAACCAUUCGUAAAGAAGAAGGCUGCCCUGACGCUAUUGCGGCUAUACAGAAAACACCCCGAUAUUGUUCAACCACAAUGGGCCGAACGAAUAAUAGCUUUGAUGGACGAUGUAGAUAUGGGUGUUGCUCUAUCUGUCACGUCUUUGGUCAUGGCCCUUGCUCAGGACAACCCCGAACAAUACAAGGGUAGUUACGUGAAGGCGGCUUCCCGGAUGAAGCGAAUCUUGGUAGACGGAGAGUUUGCACCUGACUAUCUAUAUUAUAAGGUGCCGUGCCCUUGGAUACAAGUGAAAAUGCUCCGACUACUGCAAUAUUUCCCACCAUCAGGUACGUUCCCCGAGGAUUAAUGGUAUGCCUGAGACUAAACCAACUUCAGAGGAUACACAUGUUCGAGACUUGAUUCGAGAAUCGUUGCAAAAAAUAUUGAAUUUAGCCUUGGAGAUGCCAAAAAAUGUCCAGCAAAAUAACGCUCAGAAUGCAGUCCUCUUCGAAGCGAUUAACCUCAUCAUUCAUCUUGACACGGAACAGGCGUUGAUGAGCCAGAUAUCAACGAGAUUGGGGAAAUUUAUACAGUCUCGUGAAACAAAUGUUCGCUACUUAGGAUUGGAGGCUAUGACACAUCUAGCAGCCCGAGCGGAAACACUUGAUCCUAUCAAACAACAUCAGUCAAUCAUUAUUGGGUCUCUGAAGGAUAGAGAUAUCAGUGUGCGGCGGAAGGGUCUUGACCUCCUAUACAGCAUGUGCGAUUCGACCAACGCGCAGCCUAUUGUGGGAGAACUUCUUCACUAUUUGCAAAAUGCUGACUUUGCCAUUCGAGAGGAGAUGGUACUCAAAAUUGCAAUUUUAACCGAGAAAUAUGCGACCGAUAUUCAGUGGUAUGUCGAUAUCUCUCUUCGUCUCAUCGCGAUGGCAGGAGAUCAUGUGAGCGAUGAAGUAUGGCAUCGAGUCAUCCAGAUUGUGACAAAUAACGAACAACUCCAAGUCUACGCAGCGCAGAAUAUUUUGCAGUAUGUCAAAGCGGAUCAUUGUCACGAGACAUUGGUGAAAAUAGGGGGUUACUUAUUAGGCGAAUUUGGCCAUCUAAUCGCCGAAGACAAGGGUUGCAGUCCGAUAGAACAGUUUCUCGCACUGCAAGGGAAACUACAAGGUUGUUCCUCAAGCACAAGAGCUAUUAUUCUUUCAUCGUUCAUCAAGUUCGUCAAUUUGUUUCCCGAGAUCAAACCCCGCCUCAUGUAUGUUUUCCAAGCAUACAGCCACACUUUGGAUUCCGAACUUCAACAAAGAGCAUGCGAAUAUCUUGCUCUCGCCAGCUUGCCUACAGAUGACCUUCUUCGAACAGUUUGUGAUGAGAUGCCCCCAUUCCCAGAAAGACAAUCUGCAUUGUUGUCUAGACUCCACCAAAAGCAUGCAAACACCAGCGAUAAACGGACAUGGAUUGUUGGUGGCAAAGAUGCAAAUGCCAAUGAGAAGGAUAUGGUCAAGAACCCGGGAUUAAAUCGAACUUUAAGCACCAAUGGGAAUGGGGUGCCCAACGGUGCGACAAAUGGUACCAACGGACAUGCAAAGGUUGCCAACGACCUUGCGGGUCUCGAUAUGAUGGAUGCUGGACCUUCUGAGCCUAAGACACUCAAACAACCAAAUUUGGCGUCAACUGCUCAUCUUUCACCUGGCUGGGAAAUCGGAUACAAUAAGCUGCUUCUCAAGGGAGAGGGGAUUCUCUAUGAAGAUGGCCAGAUCCAGGUUGGUGUUCGAUCAGAAUAUCGAGGACAGAUGGCAUGUGUCAUUUUAUAUUUCUCGAAUAAAGCACCAGUUGCUGUCAGCUCUUUCACAACCACACUGGACCUCGACGCUUCAGAGAAAGGGAAUUUGACUUGGGAAGUCAAAGGUUUACCAGAGAGCACAAUCAGCCAGGGAUCUCAAAGUCAGCAGAUGAUCAUGUUCACUGCUCAAAAUGUCUUUGAUAAAUCGCCUACUAUCCGAAUAAGUUACCUCGCUGGAGCUUUGCAGGCUCUCACCUUAAAACUUCCCGUGACGAUCCACAAAUUUAUGGACGCGGCAGAGUUGACGGCCGAAGACUUCUUCAAGCGAUGGAACCAAAUCGGCGGUGCCCCACGAGAAGAACAACGGGUUUUCGGUAUCAAGGGUUCGAAUCGCGAGUUCAACGAUUCAUUCAUACGGAAAACCGUUCAGGGAUUCCGAUGGGGAGUUCUGGAUGGAGUUGAUAAAAACCAAAAGAAUUUUGUUGGGGCCAGUGUUCUUCACAUUGGUGGAGGUCGAAAAUUUGGCUGCUUGCUGAGGCUGGAACCCAAUUAUGCAAAACAGGUAUGAUGCUCUCUUUGUACAGUCUGUGCCCAACACGUUUACUGAUAACGAUUAGAUGAUCCGUCUCACAAUUCGAGCAACGGAUGAGAGUGUCCCUGCGACCAUGAUCAACCUUAUGGAGCAGAGGUUAGCGGUUGGCCAAUCUACGCAACCCGAAGUAUUUCAGCCCCCAACUAUGAGGGAAAUGUCCAAUGUGUUUGGUAAUGUCCUUGUUACGUGAUGAGCUUGGGUAACGAGUAGUUGGUUCUUUAUCUUUCCUUGGCCAGUGAGGAUAGUUAAAAGGUCUUGGAGUGCAAGCUGAGCGUGCUAGAACAUAGCUACAGGGUUUGGAAUGACAAUUAGCGGGGAUGGAUGUGAAGUCUAGGUAGUAUUGAUUUCAUUGCGGUUUUUCUCUCUUUUUCUAUUCUCUUCUGGAGCUCCUUGUAGUCUAUUGGUUGCAUGUGGGAAUGCGAAAUGGGAUGGUGGAAGAUGAUUUUCUCGUACAUAGUUGCUGCAGCAUUUUCAAACGGAGUUCAUCUGGAUUCAUAGCAUACCUAAUUAAAACUUUGAUUGCCAUA